AUGCCCACACUUACGGGAUCUCCUACGAGAUCUACGAACAAUGCAUUCCUGGAGCGCUAUGUUAGAAACGUAUCGCCCGAGAAGCCACUGACACCAAUCUCACCAUCUAAGAUGAAUUCCUCAGCUAAACUCGAAGAGGGUUUUAAGCCCUCUAUCUCGCUUAAAGCUGAAAAAGAGAAUAUGUUCAAAGAACCUUCUUUCAAAGUUGGCAACACUUCAGUCACUUCACCUAUGAAAUUGGCACCUUACAAAACUGAACGUACAUUACAAACUGCCACUAUUAGACCCCCAGUCGAUAUCUCAGGCCUCUCUAAUAAUCAAAAAUCCUAUUAUGAAUUCCUUUGUCGGGUCGGUGAAGUUAAAAGAUGGAUUGAAAAGGUAACUGGAGAAACGCUACCAAAUGAACUCGACCUUUGUGUUGGGGACAGUUUUCGAAAUGGUGUCUACCUGGCCAUUCUUACUCAAAAGAUCAAUCCUGAACUAGCGCCAACAAUAUACGCGCAGGGCGAAAAGUUGCAAUUUAAACACACUCAGAAUAUUAAUGCUUUUUUCUCACUAGUUGAUCAUGUUGGUCUCCCUGAAUCCUUCAGAUUUGAAUUACAGGACCUGUAUAACAAGAAGGAUCUUCCGCAAGUCUUUGAAACACUUUACAUUUUGAUUACGAUCAUCAAUAAAAAAUGGCCUAUGAAAACUCCUCCACUCGAAUCCCUUUCAGGACAGCUUGCUUUCUCCCAAGAAGAUUUGAAAACAUGUCAAAGAGCCUGGCCAAGAAUUCGUGAUUUUAAAUCUCUUAGUGUUAGCCCGAUAGGGUCUCCAAGUAGCAAAAGAGUAGGGAUAACAAAGAAACCUGGCUUAAUUGAGGAUUUUGGAAGUUACGAUAAAAUUGAUAGAAAUAGCAGUCCUAACCCUUCAACACCGACCAAGAGCAUUAAGACUUCGGCGCCUCCCCAGCUAUCCCCUCCCAGCCAAACACCAGCUCUGUUUUCUUCACCAAAGACUACUACAGAUCUCAGUCCAAAAUCUCCUUCUAGAAUACCCAGUUUCAAGACGGUGGAUCAUGAUAUUUUGUCAAGAACGCCGCACUUAGAAUACAGUCCAAUAAGGAACUCAACAUUAUCAUAUUAUUCCCCAACAAUUUCGAAGUAUUUGACUUAUGACACAGACUUCUACAUGAGGAGAAGCCAAGCCAGAGAAAGUGACGUUGAGUUCUAUCAAACUCAUAAAUAUGGGCCAAUCGAUUAUUCCCCAAAGAGAAGGCACCAGAUGACAGAGGAAGAGUUUUUAGAUCAAGUGCUUAAAAUUCAAGGAACAUGCCGCGCUGUUAACAUAAGAUUUGACUUGUACAUUCAAAGAAACCUUCUAAAAUUGUUUGGUAAGGAAAUACUACUCCUUCAGUCAUACAUAAGGGCUCAACCUUUAAGAAGCAGGCCUGUCAUUCAAAGCAUCUUAUCAGAAACGUCCGGCUCUCUGCAAGAAAUAACAUCUGUCCAAGCAUAUUUGAGAGGCCAACGAAAUCGGAAUAUUUUAGACAACUAUCGACUAAGGCUAUUGAGACAAGAACCAACGAUCGAGAAUCUGCAAAUGUUUUCUAAGGGUCUAGUCACACGCCGUAAAGCUCAUCAGCUUUGGAACAAUAUAUGCAGCUCAGAUGUGCCGCUCAGGAAGUUGCAAUCAGUGCUCAAGGGUUUACUUCAGCGAUCGGUAAUAGGUCAAGAAGCCUAUAUUCCUUCCGGCCAAGUCAACCAGGUAAAGAACUUACAAGGUCUAUGUAGAGGCAUUCUACAGAGGAAAGCUCGGAAGCUACAACUACGAAACUUGGAUGCUAGCAUUUGCUCAGUUUUGUACCAAUUUCAAAGUAUUGUCAGAGGAAACGUCAGACGUGAGUCUUUGGAUUCUCUUGUGAACUUGCUUGAGUAUCAGACUGAGCUCAUAGGCACUUUGUCCGCUUGCCUUCGGGGAAGAUCGAAGCGUCGGACGUUGGAAAGAGUUGGUCGAGAAGACUAUGAAGACAUUCGUUCACUAAAUUGCCUACAGGGAGUAAUAAGAGGUGUUUUGGUCAGGUACACUUUGGAUUUGGUGGAUGACAUAAUAGAAUACAAUGACCUACAUCAUCUGCAGUCCAGACUGAAAGGGUAUGUGCUGCGAUCCCGGCUUUUGAUGCGAUCCUCGAUGUUUCGCCGAAAUGCUCGAUCCAUAGUGUUAAUUCAGAGCACGAUUAGGAUGCAUUUACAACGGAAAGCUUACUUGGAGUUGAUGGAGUGCCCUAAUCCAACUAUAUGGAGUGUGAGAAAGUUUUGCCCUUUAUUAAACAACAUCGGAACUAUCGAAGAGGCUCAGAAUAAGCUAGAGGGAUCUCAAGCACAGCUUGAUUCCGAAAAUUCUAGAAAAGAGAAACUUGAGAAAGAUAUCAGACAGCAACUCGAUAUGCUUGAAGUCCUUGAAUCAUAUGAUUUACAGACAGAAUAUUCAGGUGACUCAAAUGAAAUUUCAGUCCCCAGACGCAGGUAUCCAACUUUCGAAAAAUUAUUUUAUCUGCUUCAAGUUGAUCCUUCAUAUUGGGCGCUUGUUUACUCCAGAAAUCCGGACUUCUUUUUACGUAAUGUUUACGUUACGUUCAGCACCGUCAACCAGAAAAUGAGAGAUAGAGAGAAAAUGCUAUUUGUAAGGCUACUUGUUGAGAUUUUGAAGCUCGAAUUAUCUGAAGCACUCACAAUUGAACAAUUCUCUGAAAAACAAAAUGCCGUAUGGAUGGUGCUAUUGAACCUCUUUCUACAGAGAGAAUAUCCAGAGCUUUUCAAUCUUUUUGUGCCCCUACUGAAAUUCAUUGCUGAUCCAAAAACGCAAUUUGAAAGCAAUCCCUCUGUUAUAUACCGAGGUAUACACGGUGUACAUGCAGCAAGCAGUUCGACAGCAGUUGAAGAUCAAAGCACAUCAGCAACAUUCAUCAACAACCUCCAAAACAUUUGGCACUCAAUCGAACUAUUAUCAAUGCUAUUCAGCAAGCAGCUGUCGAAGAUUCCAUUGGAAGUUAGACUCAUCUGCACAAAACUCUUCUGUUCCGCCGCUGAUAAAAACGCAGACGAGAAUGAGACUUUAAAAGCAAUCUCAGUGGUACUGAUUAAUUGCUUCUCUGCUGAGUAUCUCAGGAACAGAGCGCAUUAUGGAUUCAAUGAGGCAUCACGAGGUGAAGUAGAUCAGAAAAUUGAGGUGCUGUUGAGCGCCUCGAUGAAGGUCUUUUCCGGAAGCAGAUUUACUGGUUACCAUGAUCCUCUUAAUGCUUACGCCCAAGAAAUAACUGUUCAGGUCAAGGAGCUACUGUUCAGUGUAUUAUUAGACCCUCAAUAUGAACAAGAAGGCGAAUGUAUUAUCUAUCAAGACAUGAUAUCGGCGAAUCCUCAACUCGAAAUAUUGGGCGAAAAGGUUUUGAUGAUUACUUCAGAGUUUCAAGAGAACUUGGCCUUUUUCCCUGACGAGGAUAUCAUUCAUGAUAUACUCAAGAAGGUCCCAGAUCCGAAUGCAACUCCUCCUACUGGCAGAGUCGUAUUAGACUUGACACCAACUGUUUAUCGUUUUUUGGUGAGCGACGAUAGAACUAGGAAACUUUAUGAUCAAGUCAAACGAGCGUUUAUCUACAUGAUGCAAAUCGAAGAUGUCAGCACGGAUCUAUAUGACCUGGCGUUAAGCUGCGUUCUACCACAGGAUGAGCCACGUUUCCAAGCUCUGGUCAAUUCAAAUCGCCAAAUUCAAAAUGACCCAAUGAUCCAAUCUUUGGUACCGUCAAACUAUUUUGAUUUGAAAAACUCAACGCUGAAGAAGAUACAUGAACUGGAAAACAUGGGCACCAUCAAUCCAGCUGGAAACAGACUCCAAAAUUUCUUGAAUGAUAUUGCAAAUACCAUUAAGAACCCCCAUUAUGCUAUAGACUACGUUACUCAGGAACUUUAUGUGACCAACAAAACUCUAAACGAUGUAUCCAAGAUUAAUCAAUCGCUUGAGAGCGCUUUAUCGCAACAGAAAAUGUCAAUUAACAGAGCAUUCCAGGGAAUCCAACAAUCCAGAUCAUUCGAGUCUAACCAUAAAAGUACUUUAGGAAACUUGAAAGAUGCAUACAAGAAAGUACAGCACAGAAAAGGUAACGAACUUGAAGGCCUGAAGUUUAAAUGGUCCACAAGACAGCUUUAUGAGAAGGGAGUAAUCAAAUCAAUUACGGGCGAAAGACUUGCUGAGCAAAAAAUCAAGGUAUUUGGGUCUAGUGGUCCGAAGUUUCCUGAUAUCACCUUUAAGAUCUCCACUUCUGAUGGUGUGAAGUAUGGUAUCCAGCUGUUAGACAAAAGGAAAGGUCCUGAAAAGAGACAUUCAGAGUCCGUUGACUCUUUUAGCCUCAAAGGCUUACUUCAGUCUCAAGUCGGGACUAAGGUCGAUGAUUUGAGCUUGUUCGGCGGAAAGGUUCAUGCUAAUACUAGAGCUUUACUGAGCUUAAUUGUCUCGGCCUUUUUGAAAGCUGAGGUUCAAAUGUAA